CAGGUGGCAACGCCACAGCAAAUUGUUUAUAUCGCUUGCCAGCCAUACUUCUUAUUUUUUAAUAAUAUUUACGGCAUUGUCAUGCAGAUCACAAUCAAAGUGCUCAAAGGCCAGGACUGCACGAUCGAGGUCUCGCCGACAUCGACGAUUCUGGAGGUGAAACACCAGAUCGAGGCGGAACUGCAGAUAUCGGCGGCGAAUCAAAAGCUGUUGCUACUAGGACGUCCGCUGAACAACGAACAGACAAUUGCAUCCUAUCCCAAUAUUAAAGAGGGCACCAAGCUCAAUCUGGUGGUGAUAAAACCAUGUCUGAAGGACAGCAUCCUGAGGGGAUUCCGUAGGCACUAUCCGGAACUCCAGGCGGAGCAUCUGACCAAUGAGUUUAUGGCCGAUUUUGAGAGGAAAAUCAACGAGCAGAGCCUGGACGAUUUGGAGAGAUUGGCGGACAGUAUAGUCAGCAGAGCGGGCACAUAGCGCCACUGAACACCCACCACCCCCCAAAUAUGACGGAAGCUUAUCCUCACAGAAUGUUUUCAUUUCCCCCCUUAACAAAAAAAAAAAAGAUCGAGGUAGUAAAAAUUAAGACUUGACUGAAAACGCACAGUCCAUAUUCUUUUUUCGCGGCGGUCUGGCAACCCUCCGCCAGCCAGAUGCAUUCUUUUGGCUGUGUGAGUGUAUGCCCGUGUGUGUGAGAAGAAGAAAGAGAGGAGAAAUGCGUGUGCUGUCGUGCAAAUUUCUUGGCCGAGUUGUGAACUCCGCGCUGCCCCAGCAAAUCAUUUCACUGCGAUCCCUGUCCAGAACCAGUGCAGCUAUGGUCAAAGUAGGUGACUCCCUUCCGGCGGUGGAUCUGUUCGAGGACUCCCCAGCCAACAAAAUCAACACCGGGGAUCUGGUCAACGGAAAGAAGGUGAUCAUCUUCGGCGUUCCCGGCGCCUUCACUCCUGGGUGCUCCAAGACCCACUUACCCGGCUAUGUGAGCUCCGCCGAUGAGCUGAAGUCCAAGCAGGGCGUGGACGAGAUUGUCUGCGUUUCGGUCAACGAUCCCUUCGUGAUGUCCGCCUGGGGGAAGGAGCACGGAGCCGCUGGCAAGGUGCGCCUCCUUGCCGAUCCCGCCGGCGGUUUCACCAAGGCCCUGGAUGUGACCAUCGAUCUGCCCCCACUUGGCGGCGUGCGCUCCAAGCGCUACUCCCUGGUGGUGGAGAACGGCAAGGUGACCGAGCUGAAUGUCGAGCCCGAUGGCACCGGACUCAGCUGCUCGCUGGCCAACAAUAUUGGCAAGAAGUAAAUGGAUUCCCGACUCCCGGAAACAGUUGAAACUCAUACAGUAAUGCUAGGCCGCAAUGAUAUCAAUUACGUCUUCAAAAGAACUAUGUAAAACGUACAAUAUAUGCGAUUAGAGAUGUUA